UCGCCCACCCUCACACGAGCGACUUUCUUUCCAAGGCUAAGUACGGCAAGCAGCCCUGCACACUCCCGCAGCUUGCCAACCACGAUCGACCUCUUUUCCGCAUCACCGCCACCAACCCACUCUUCCCACAGCCAAAACUCCUCCACCACCACCAACUCCGCCCGCCGGCUAGUCUUUCCAGCGUCACCAACUCCUUCGACUGCAUCAACACCACCACCCACCACCCAAGACACAGCUCUUCUCCUUCGUCUGCGCGCCAUCAUAGCCCCGCUGCUGCACUGCAGACCUUUCUUCUGCGCCCCAGCGAUCACGAGCACUGCACAAGUCCGGUCAUACUCCGCUUCACACUCGAUUCUCUUGACCGCUUCAGAUAUCGCUUCACCACCACAAUCACCACCCAUUGCUUCGAGUACACUGCACCGCGCCGCACACUUCCCACCACGAGCUCUGCAGUGUACGUAGGCAAGACAGACAGCCAUAUCAAUCAAGAGAAAGCUAUACUAAGAGCAUUGCUCUGACCGAUAUCCAAUCUCUGUUAUUUUCUUGUGCAACACACCGUCCACAAUGGCCGAAGCACCACAAGAGACCCCGGUUGCCACCCAAAAGCGUCCGCUCGAAGAGCCAUCAUCGCCAUCGGGACCCACAGAUCAGCCAGAGGCCAAGCGCCCAGCUCUGGAUAAGGUCAUCAAGGACGACGCAGAUGCUGAAGAGCUGGCUCAGUCGACACUUCCUCAGGAAGAACCACUCAUCAAAGCUGAGGAUGAGGAGCAGAAGCCCACUGCAGAGGACGAUACAGCCGCCGAUGUGAAGCCGGACGUUCCCGACAAGCAGGGCGACACCGUUGUGCCCGACGCACCCACCAACGGCGUUGUGGUUGAUGGCUCAUCCACGGCUCCUACUGCCGCGGCUCCGGACCAGAAACACAACGGCCAAGUUGACACUCGUGCUCCGCCUCAAGCGGUGCAGCCAUAUCAUCAGCAAGAUGAGUCGCAGUGGCUGCACGUUCGUGCCAUCAUUUCUAGUGCUGAGGCCGCAACCGUCAUUGGUAAGGGCGGUGAGAAUGUCAGUCAGAUUCGCAAGCUCGCUGGUGCCAAAUGCACCGUGAGCGAAUACACACGUGGUGCCGUCGAGCGCGUCCUUACGGUCAGCGGCCAUGUGGAUGCCGUCGCAAAGGCCUUUGGCCUCAUCAUCCGCACCCUCAACCAGGAGCCACUCGAGGAGCCUUCCACUCCGCAGUCUAAGACCUAUCCUCUACGCCUUCUGAUCCCCCACAUCCUCAUUGGCUCCAUCAUCGGCAAGCAGGGUGUGCGCAUUCGCGAAAUUCAAGAAGCAUCGGGCGCACGUCUCAAUGCUUCCGAGUCAUGCCUACCACUGUCCACUGAGCGCUCCCUCGUCGUACUCGGCGUUGCUGAUGCCGUGCACAUCGCUACUUACUACGUGGGCAGCACUCUCGUGGAGCAGCUGACUGAUCGCUUCGGCGGCCCAGCAGCUUCCAACUACGCUGGACGCCAUGGAGGACCGCAGGGUGUUGUCCCAGGCGGCAUGCAAGUCGUCCCGUAUGUUCCUCAGCACGCCGGCGGACAAGUAGGACAUCCCGAUCACAACCGCCGCCACAACGGACCACCACCUCGCGGACCACCAGCACCAUAUGGCCCUCCUCACAUGCACGGCCAGCCAGCUUAUCCACAACAACCAGUGGCUCCUGUGCACUACGGUGCUGGCUCUCCUCGUCAGCCAUACGCUGGCGCUGGGCCACAUCCACACCAGCCUCAGCCAUAUGGCCAUGCUGCUCCUGCCCCCCAGCACGCCGGCCCACCGCAACAACCGAUGCAAGGCAUGGUCCCCGGCCAGCCCAUUACGCAGCAAAUAUUCAUUCCCAACGACAUGGUCGGUGCCAUCAUUGGAAAGGGCGGUGCCAAGAUCAAUGAAAUUAGGCAGCUUUCUGGCAGCGUCAUCAAGAUCAACGAGCCUCAAGACAACAACAACGAGCGUCUCGUCACCAUCACUGGAACACAAGAGUGCAACCAAAUGGCGCUCUACAUGCUGUACUCUCGCCUCGGAGAAUCGAGCAAGAACUCCAACUCCAUCAUGCCGAGGUAGAAUCUUCGCAACCUAAAGCGCGCUGUGCGAACCUGGCACAAAUAUGGUGUCUCACGAACAACCACUUUCUUGUCGAAGACACUUUCACUGGCGCAUGAUUACUACUUGCGAUCGGCGAAAUUUAGGCGAUGAAACACGAAUGUCUCAGUGACAUGAACGAACGCGGCUGGCUUUUACGCAUCCAAUGCCACGACUUUACGGCUUUUCGUAUGAGCAUGGAGCGGCGUUAGGUAUUUUUGCAGCGGCAUUUCCGGCGGGAUCGUUCGAAAAAUAGCCAAAUUGGUUAUGGAAUGCAGAAAAGUGGAGGUUUGACUGUUGCCACGUGCCGCUCACACAUUCCACAGGAUCGGUGCUUUCGCUUGCUGCGAACACCCGUCGGCAGGCAAACCACGUAAUGCAACUUUUUGGUAUCGUCAACAACGCAGUUUCCAACACUUCUUACAUUGUUCCACG